AUGGCUGACAAUCUUCACCAUAUUGGCUCCACCACGGAGCUGGACACUCUCAUGUCCAACACGACAUACGUCGUAGUCGACUUCUACGCCGACUGGUGCGGGCCAUGCAAGGCUAUCGCGCCGGGCUAUGCGGCGCUCGCCUCGCAGCACAGCAUCCCAGGUAUUCUCGCCUUCGCAAAGGUCAACGUUGAUCAUGCCCAGGACGUGGCCGCUCGAUAUCGGGUCACCGCCAUGCCGACCUUCAUGUUCUUCAAGGAGGGCAAGCAGGUCGCCGUGAAUGGGCAGGCCAUGAUCCAGGGCGCCGACCCUCGCAGCCUGUCUGCUGCUGCUGAGAAGCUCGGUGGCCUGGCCAAGAAGAGAGCGGCGUCUGCUUAG